AUGCCUGGUGCUUUUCCACCCGCCGCUGAUGAAAAUGUACCCAGUAACAGAACACCCAAGAGACGGUUCGUGGGAAGACGCACAGCAGAGGCGCAGGCGAGGCAGCGAAGGGGUGAGACCGAGAGUUCCUCCGUGGAGGAAACCACUGCCGUCUCUCAUCAAGAUCGGCGAAAGAAUCCCAGAGUCCUGAACCAGGUACCCUCCGAAAUCCUCGAAGACCCCGAUAUCCAAGCCGCGAUUGCCCUGCUCCCUCACAAUUACAGCUUUGAGAUCCCCAAGACCAUCCAUCGCAUAAGAACCCUCGAGGCUAAGAGAGUCGCUCUACAAUUUCCCGAAGGAUUGCUGAUGUUUGCCACAACCAUCUCAGACAUCUUGACUCAAUUCUGCCCCGGCACAGAGACCUUGAUCAUGGGAGACGUCACGUACGGCGCAUGCUGUAUCGAUGACUACACCGCACGAGCCCUAGGAUGUGAUCUGCUUGUCCACUACGCUCAUAGCUGUUUGAUACCGGUCUCCGCUACCAAGAUUGCGACCCUGUAUAUUUUUGUUGACAUCUCCAUCGACACGAAACACAUUGUGAGCACGUUGUCUCGAAACAUACCCCCCGGAAAGACAAUUGCCAUGGUGGGUACCAUCCAGUUCAAUGCCACACUCCACACCAUCAGGCCGGCCCUCGAGGCUGAAGGUCUGAAGUUGGUGGUGCCGCAAAUCAUGCCGCUGAGCAAGGGCGAAGUUCUGGGUUGUACUGCGCCCAAGAUCAGCCCGGACGCCAAUGUUGAUCUGAUCCUGUACCUGGGCGACGGUCGCUUCCACCUAGAGGCAGCCAUGAUCGCAAACCCCCAUAUCCCAGCUUAUCGAUACGAUCCGUACUCUCGACAACUGACCAGAGAAACAUAUUCGCACGAGGAGAUGCUGGACAUGCGUGCCGCGGCCAUCAGCACCGCAAAGAAAGCCAAGAGAUGGGGUCUCAUACUCGGGGCAUUGGGAAGACAGGGCAACCCUCAUAUCCUGACAAUGCUCGAGAAAUACCUUGAUAGAGAGGGCAUCCCAUACGUCAAUCUCUUGCUCAGUGAAAUAUUCCCUGGGAAGCUCGCCCUGUUUGAAGACGUGGACUGUUGGGUACAGAUAGCCUGUCCCAGGCUGAGCAUCGACUGGGGCUACGCUUUCCCGCGCCCACUCUUGACACCCUACGAGGCUCUUGUGGUGCUGGGCGCGCAGCAAGGAUGGGAAAAGGGAGACGGGACUUAUCCCAUGGAUUUCUAUGCCAAUAAUGGUCUGGCGCGGACGACUGAGAAGGUCGCCGCGCAAGUUGGAGUGAGCGCCUGA